UACAUGUACCAACAAACUGAUGCAAGGAUCUUGAAAAUCGGGGUACAAUAAUAAAGUUAUAAAUUCUCAAAUUUAAUCAAACAUUUUUAGUCGCGGAAUUUUGUGCCCGUGAGUGUAUAUUAUCUACUCGUAAAGUGGAUUUAAUUAAUCUAGUUUGUGACACUUAGUUCAAAAAUGUUAUUAUCUUGAAACUUUAUCAAAAAAUGUACUUAGUGCAAAUAUGUAAUGUCUAUGAUGUCCAAGGACAACAACUUAUUAUUGUUAUAAUUGGUUUAAAAUGCGUGAUACCUUAUAAUUAUAAAAUACUAUCAUCAGUAGUGAAUAACAUUUUAUUAAACAGGUAUAUACAUAUUGACAGCCUACCAUUUGAGGUUAAAUCAUGCGUUUCAAUAUAAAAUUUGCUUUAUUAUUCUUUUGUAAUGCAUUGGGGUUAGUGAAUUCUUCAAAUAUUUUACUUCUGUUUAAUCACUUUGGAAAAAGUCACUAAUUUCAAGGAAAGGCAUUGGGACAUGGUCUUGCAAGAGCUGGUCAUGAUGUAACGAUGGUGAGUGUUUUUGAGGACAAACAGAAAGUUCCAGGAUAUGAAGAGAUUUAUCUUGAUGGACUGGUAGAUAAUUUAGGUAUGAAUACAAACUUUAUAACAGUUUCGAAAUGGAAGGCUUUACUGGUUCAAGUUUUGUUCCAUUCAGUGGCAGUAAAUUUCACCGAGCAAACAUUAAACCAUCCGAAAUUUCAAGAAUUGUUGGAUUCAAACAAACACUUUGACGUUAUAGUACUAGAAGAUGUAAUGUACUCAGCUCUUAAGGGACUAUCUUGGUAUUUUAAAGCACCCUUAAUACUCUUUAGUCCCUUUGCACCAGUGACAAAUUUCCACAUCACUGCAGGCAAUUCAGCCCCUCCGUCAGUUAUACCCAAUACUUUACACGGUUAUUCAAGCCCAAUGACCUUUUGGCAACGAUCAUUUAACAGUUUGGCUUAUAUGUACGAUGUUCUCGUUAGUAAGUUUCUAUCCUCUCCCAGCCAAGAAGCAGUUAUGAAGAAAUACUUCCCUGGAUGUCCCGAUUUGGCAGCCAUCGACAAAAACGUUUCUCUUUUCUUAAUUAAUGACCACGAGAGUAUUAAUGCACCCAUUUCACAUGUGCCCAGUAUGAUUAACAUUUUGGGUUUUCACCUAAAAGAUAAAAAUGAACUGCCAAACAAUUUGCAAAAAUAUAUGGAUACUGCUAAAGAAGGUGUGAUCUUGUUCAGCUUCGGUUCAUUCGUGAAUCCAUCGAAAAUGGAUCCUCAGAUUAAACAAGCAUUCUUAAAUUCAUUAGGAAAACUUAGCCAAAAAGUUUUAUGGAAAACUGACGAAGAUAAUAUUCUUGGUAAACCAGAUAAUGUAAUACUGCAUAAAUGGCUUCCACAAGAAGAUAUUUUAGGUACACAACAAAUGUUCAGAAGAGAUCUAGACUAAUGAGAGAUCGUCCUGUCAAACCGAUGGACCUGGCUGUGUAUUGGGUAGAAUACGUCAUUAGACACAAAGAUCUAUCCCAUAUGCGAGUAGCUGGUCUUGAACUGACGUGGUACCAGUAUCUCCUGUUAGAUGUUAUUUUAGUUUGGAAUAUGGCAGCUAUAUCUGGAACUCUUAUUAUUUUUUUUACUUUGAAAAUUAUUUUAAAAUUUAUAUUAUGUAAGCGAUCGAAAAAAAUAAAAACAAAUUAAAUAAGAA